AUGACGUUUUUAUUAAAAUUGUUAUAUUAUUUUAAUCUUCUCUGGCUGUACACUGACGUGAUCGGAGAAUUCUGUUGGUUGAUUGAAGGCAUCAAAUUGGGUAAAAGUCUCGACGAAUUGUCAAUGAUCGCUCCUUGCAGCACGAUAUGUUUGCUGGCGACGGCGAAAUCACUACCGAUUAUAUUAAACAAAAACACAUUGGAUUCAACGGUUGAUAAGUUGCGGAACAUGCAUCCUAAUUCAUCAAAUAAAACGGAGAGUAAGGACGAAAGGUUUGAAAGGGAAGUCGUGAGAGAAUCGUUGAAAUUUCUGAAUUCCGUAAUCACUUUUAUGUACGUUUGCUGUGCGGUGGUCGUUGUUAUUUUCUCGACUCUACCACUCAUGUUGAUGUCAUAUGAUUACUAUUACAAAGGAGAAGCUGAUUUGAAGUUACCGUUUCUAAUUAAGUAUUUCUUUGACGCAUACGCCAAUACGAAAAUUUGGGGAUUUGUGUACAUCCAUCAGGUUUGGUCUACUACCAAUGUUUGUAUGAACAUAUUUGCGACAGAUACAUUUUUCUACGUAUUCUGUACGUACAUACGGAUGCAUUUCCGGAUACUCGGCUAUCAUUUCGAAAACGUCGUUUGCGCUUCACACGAUCAGACGAGACGGAAAAUGCGCAAAUGCAUACGGAGACAUCAGGAAUUGAUUGAAUUGGUAAAUCAACUCGAGACAUUGUAUUCAAAAUCGGCUCUAUUCAAUAUACUAAGUAGUUCGCUUUUAAUAUGCUUAAGUGGAUUCAAUAUAACGAUCGUAGCUAAGACGAGCGCUAUACUGGCGUUCAUACCGUUCCUCGUAGUCAGCCUGACGCAGAUUUCUCUCACAUGCUUCUACGGAGAUAUGCUAAUGGCUUCGAGUACUAAGAUGUGCGACGCGGUAUACAACUGUCGAUGGUACGACGCCUCUCCAGACAUCAAGAAAAGUGUAUUCCUCGUGCUAUUUAGAGCAAGCAAACCUUGCAAGGUGACUGCGGCUAAAUUCGCAGUGCUUAACUUGAGCGCUUUUACGACGAUUUUAAGCCGAUCGUGGUCAUAUUUCGCUCUGCUUAAGACAAUGUAUGAUUGAAUACUAUUACACCUUUAUUAUGUCUAUAUUGUUAAUCAUUGCACACACGCGUAUG